UGGUUGGUGCCCGUGGAUGACAACGAUUUGUCAAAGGAGAUGCAGGUGGGAACCACCGAGCGAACUUCGUACGCAUACGGUACACAUUUGGCAAGCAGUGUUAUUGGCUCAAAAACCAAAAUCAAGAGUUGUAUUUUAUCCUAUCAAGACCACCUUUGCUGAUUCUAGCCCGUUCUUCACCUUCUGGGUGUAUUUGUUAUAUACUCUUGUGUUUUAUGUCGUGAAUUAUCUGAGAAUGGGCGGUAAAGCAAGCGUCGAAGUGCCAGGUGGCGGUACGGAAGGUUACCAUGUUUUGCGGGUGCAAGAGAAUUCACCAGGCCACAAAGCAGGCCUAGAGGCCUUCUUUGAUUUCGUCAUCGGGAUUGGAAAUACCAGACUGGACAAGGACGAUGACACCUUAAAGAGGGUUCUCAAAGAGAAUGAAGAGCGGCCUGUUAGAGUCCUUGUCUACAGCAGCAAGACGUUAUCGGUCCGAGAGGUCUCACUGACCCCUAACAGAAGGUGGGGAGGUCAAGGUUUACUUGGGGUCAGUAUCAGAUUCUGCUCUUUUGAGGGGGCCAAUGAGAACGUCUGGCAUGUUUUGGAUGUACAGCCAACUUCCCCAGCUGCCUUGGCUGGGUUUAGAUCCAACACGGACUACAUCAUUGGGGCUGACACCAUCUUACAUGAGUCAGAAGAUCUGUUUUCACUUAUUGAGUCACAUGAGAAUCGACCCCUGAAGCUGUAUGUGUACAAUGUGGAGACGGAUGGAUGUAGGGAAAUCACAAUCACUCCCAACCGUACCUGGGGUGGUGAAGGCAUUCUAGGCUGUGGUAUUGGGUACGGCUACCUCCAUCGGAUACCCACACGCUACUUCCCUGAAGGACGGAAGAUGACCUUCUCUGCCCAUCUCAAUGCACCACUGGUUCCUCUGGAAAAUGUAGAUAACGUCAAAGUAACACCUGGAGAUGGAUUUGCUGAAGUUUCUCUUGCAUCAACACCAGAUAAAGGCAUGAGUAAAAUAGAGAAAGGCGUUGCUGGAGUGCGAUUCUCUCCAGACCCCCCUGUUGAAAUCCCCAAUCCUGCUGAUGCUGGGGCCCAACCCACUGUGCCUUCAACAGAGACAACUACACCAGUUUCCACAGAUGUGUUACCCCCAGUCAGCCUAGCUAACAUCCCUGGACUGAGCAACCUCAACAUUUCCCUGCCGCCUAUGCCGGCCGUAGCGCCCGUCAACACGUCUGGGGCAGGUGACACCCCAGGGGCUAGCGGAGCAGCAGCCACCACCCUGCCACCCCCCGUCUCACUCCCUGGAGGCAUCACGAUACCUGGACCCACUCCCCUGCCCAACAUUCCGGCUGGCAUCAGCACAGCUCCACAGACCACCACAACAUCCUCGUAAAUUCUCUCUCCAAGGGAAAAUUUGUCUCCUUUUCCCAAAAUCAGUCAGUCAAUCAGUCUCGAUUCACCUUCAUCCUUCGGCUUUUUUAUAGGAUGCAUUCGGAAUCCUGCAAAAUUCUCCAACUGCCACCGUGCCAUAUUGGAUACAGCUGCAAACUCAUCCUUUACUUCUUUUGAAUAUUUCUCUUGGAAGUGUGCCCAUUCAUUCCCCAAUCCUUUAAAAUCCUGUGACAGUGACUACCAAUAUGUCAAGGCAGCAUGAGUGGUUUGCCAGGGCAGCGUGAGUGGUUUGCCAGGGCAGCGUGAGUGGUUUGCAGUUCUGUGGAUGAUUUCCUGUGUGAUCUAGUUCAACAUAUACAUACAUGUUCAUAAGUAUUGCAGCCAAGACCCCGUAAGACAAUCACAAGACGUAAGCUCUUCAACUGAACUGCCACAAAGGAAUUCCUUUGGCAGUGUUCACCCAGUUGCUUGUAAUCGGUCGUGUCUGAUCUUGUGACUGGUUUUGUGAUGGUCUAAACCACAGCACUGAUUUUCAUGCAUGGCUGAGCGUCACAAUGAGGUCCAGCCCAAGACCUUGACAGUGCAUCCCUCAAAAUUGUGCCAAACAACCUAAACCUUAGGAAAUGUUUUAGUUGAAGAUGAAAGAUUUGGGAAAGUGGGGUUAAUUUUCAAAAUGGCUUUAGAUACCCCCCCGACUCCCAAUUCAGUACCUAGUUUUGCAGUAUAUGGGCGAAUUUGGCUCUACAACUUUGCCUCUGUGACAUCACACAGAGGCCUAAUGCAGCAGUUUUGGUAAAGAGCAAAGAAUGUGCCAAAAGUGACGAGUUUUAAAGACUAAACCCAAAUUGCCAUGCAAGAUUAAAUGAGACGGGAAGUCAUCAGUAGUCAUCUUGAAUUGAGACAUUUUAUCCUUUUAAAAAAACAUAUUGGCAUGCUCGGCAGUAAUUGGAAUUCUAGAAAUGCUUUGUGCACGCAUUACCACUUUGUUUGCAUAAAUUCCUGUGCCAAUCUCAGAAAGUUGAUCUCGCAAAUGUCCUCAAGGUGACUUCUUUUGACUGCCCAACAGAGUCAAAUUCUGUGAGCAUCUGCCUUCAGUUGUCUGUCGGACAAAAAAGCACUUGGGCAUCUGUUUACAUUGGCACCGCCUGUUACCUAGUUCCUUGCUAAAUUGCACUGUGAGGUGACAUACAAACGCACAGGCCCCAAACCAUUGGGGCUGUUGGUAUUGAAAUGUAUGUACAUGUAGUCAUAGCCAUUCAAAUAAGGAGAGGAAGAAAUUGUUGAUAUUCUGUUGGGGAAAAGAUGGCGAGUGUGUACUUUAUUUCAUGUUAUUUUCAGCACUCUCAUAUUCUAAUUUUUUCCUUGUUCAACCUGGUAUAAAAGACAACAGAACAGCAUUUUAAGCAUUUGCAAGACAAGCAAGCCUUGAACAUCAUCAUUAUUUAGUAUCUUAAAACGUAUCUGUUGGAAUUUCAUUUUGUAGAUUUUUUUUUUUACAGAAAGCUUCCCAUGUGUCCUGAAGGACCUGGUUGUUGGGUUGAAAUAAUUCUGAUGCUUUGAAAUGUACUGCAGUGCUUUUGGACCUACAUGUAAAAUGAAUGUAUCGGAGCCAGAAUAGGAAUUUAGUUUCUAGGCUAAACAGAAAGUUUUGAAUCUGAUUUCCGAGGUAGUCGUUCUUGACUUCAAAGCUACUGAUGUCGACUUAAAAAGAUUUUUUUCUGAACAUUGUUUAGGUUUUCAUUGUAGGUAACAAAAAAUUGUUUUUUAAGAUGUCAUUUUGAAGGCGUGCAUACUAACUUACUCCCCUAAACCAUUUUAUAAACUUCAAGCACCAGUAAAUUUAUGUUCAGGUAUUUAUUGUAAUUUUGAUAUCAAGGCAAUCUUUGUUUUUUUCAGAUGAAAGAUUUUGAAGCACAGUUCCAAACUUCCAGGUCACAAAAUUUAACAAUGUCGGUGUUACACAAAAAGAAAACUUUCCAAGAUAUUUUCAAAGAUGCAUGUUAUUGUCAUAGUGGUGCUCAGUUGAGUUUAAACUACAUACUAACAUGUUUCCGGGCAUAUUGAUGGAAGAUUUGGCGAGUGAAAUUGCCAUUGAAAAACUAAAUAUUUGUUGAUGAUAAAAUCUAAACUUGAUUGUUGAACUUUAUCAAGUACAAAGGAACCAAAACACCCACUCAAGUCUAAAACGUGAUUUCAUUUCCACUGCAAGAAACAUCAUUCAUGUAGAUGCUUACAAAGCAAGAGUCAUAAUUUAGUAAAAAUGCUUAAUAGACAUUAAAAACCUGUCCAGGAUUCUUUGUUGUGGAAUGGAAGAAUUGUUGGUUGAAAAGUCUCCUCAGUGAUUGGAAUUUACAUGUACAUGUAUAUAAAUAAAUUGAUGCACUGAAGGAAUUACA